GUAGAAGCGAGGUGGUUGUCACGCCACGUAGCGACGGCAGGGGGCGCGGCAGCGGCGGCUGCGCUCCUUAUAUAAGAGGGCGGAGGGAGUGGGCGUGGCUUGGCUGCAGGUGGCUGCGUCGCGCGCUGGAAGCAGGAGGUGCGCCCGGAGCUCGCGCUGGCGGUGGCUAUGAAGGAGACUUGCGGGUAAGGGGUGGGCGUGGUCCUGCUGCUGCUGCUGCUGCUGCAGCUGCAUUAUUCAUUCAUUCAUUCAAUUCAUUCAUUGUCCAGGGACCAGCAGCUUCUCUAGGCGUGGGAUGGGUUUGGGGGCGGGCGAACGCUUCUCGCUCUCCUCGCCCAGUUUGUUUUUAGUAAUAAUAAAUAUUAUUAUUAUUAUUCUUUACCUGUUUGAGACUUGGCGUCUUUGGGGGAAAUUGCUUUUACUGCACCCGUUUUUAGCUCUCUCUGGGCCGAUGCAGCUUCCAGAGAGAAAGAAGAGGAGCUGUAAUUAGUUAAUUGCCGCCAAACAGCCUAAACUGCGCUUAGAAAAGGCUGGAAGCACGUCUUGCUGCUGCUCCUGGUUCCGAUGGCAGUUACGUGCUUUUGUGUUUUUGUUUUGUAAGCCGCCCUGUGACCCUCGGAUGAAGGGCGGCGUGGAUAUUUAAUAAAUCGUAACAAUAAUGAAUACUGUGGCAUGUGCUUUUGCGUGCCAGAAUUGGUAUUGCCCGAUGCAAAGUUGGCAAGAGGGUGUUGUGGGUGGGGUUUUUUGUGUUAAUUAUUAUUACUUUUAUAUAUUAAUUCGCACCCCGCCCUUUUCCCUGACUGGGCUCAAGGCGGCUUACAGGUAAAAACAAGAACCCCAUCUCCACUGUUCCCCCUAGGCUCUUCUUCAGGGCAGACAAGAUGAAGUAUAACAACUCUACAAAGCACAUAGUUAAAACGCCUGAAUUUCACACAGUGUUGUGUUUGUUGACCACCAGGCUAAAAGGGGUUAAGACAAAUUCAUGCCUCUGACUACCAUUUACUGGGAAUUGCAGGUGAGGAGAGCUUGCUGGAUUUGGUCAAAGGCCCAUCUAUUCCAACUCCCUAUUCUCACAGUGGGAAGCCUAUAACCCGAACAUGAGCAUAGCAGCAAGUCAGCUCUUCUAAGGUUCCCAGCAACUGGUAUUCAAAGGCACACUGCCUCCCACAAUGGUGGUGUUUGAAAAUGGUACACAAAGGAGAAAGAGAUUCUCACCCAGUCUGCUCCCGGAUGUGCAUAUUUUGUAUAGAGGGCCCUUUGAAAAGGUGUUCCCCCCCAGCUGUUCUCAGAAGUGAAAAAGACAACCCCUAUAUUAUGAUACCGUGUGCUGCAAAAUUUAAAAAUUGCUCUGUCGGUGCUACACUCCUGGUCAACAGUUAGAUGCCCUGGAGUGGAGAACCACUUUGACAAUAGGAUUUGUGGAGAAGAGGGAGUUUUGCUAAGGUCCUGACUCACACCUCUACAAAUGCUCCAUCCGUUAAAGUAUUUUACUUGGCCACCGAAGGACCAGGCAGCAUGGGCGUAGCCAGGAUUUAUUCAGGGGGGCAGGGGAGGCAUUAUAUUGGAGGGGUAGAACCGGGUUAUCUGUGACGCGGUUGGUAUGUUAAGUAUUUUUAUUUAUUUGAUUUGGGAGGCAUCUGGACACCCAGGCUACGCCCAUGCUAGGCAGUAUCGCUCAGAGUAUUGGGUUUUGCCCCAGAGGUCUGGUAAAAGCUGCAAUGCGCUCUGUGUGGGGCUACCUUUGAAGGUGACCCGGAAACUACAACUAAUCCAGAAUGCGGCAGCUAGACUGGUGACUGGGAGCGGCCGCCGAGACCACAUAACACCGGUCUUGAAAGACCUACAUUGGCUUUCAGUACAUUUCUGAGCGCAAUUCAAAGUGUUGCUGCUGACCUUGAAAGCCCUAAAUGGCCUCAGUCCAGUAUAUCUGAAGGAGCGUCUCCACCCCCAUUGUUCUGCCCGGACACUGAGGUCCAGCGCCGAGGGCCUUCUGGCGGUUUCCUCCCUCUGAGAAACCAAAUUACAGGGAACCAGGCAGAGGGCCUUCUCGGUAGUGGCACCCGCCCUGUGGAAUGCCCUCCCACCAGAUGUGAAAGAGAACAACAACUACCAGACUUUUAGAAGACAUCUGAAGGCAGCCUCUUUAGGGAAGCUUUUAAUGUUUGAUGCAUUACCGUAUUUUAAUAUUUUGUUGGAAGCUGCCCAGAGUGGCUGGGGAAGCCCAGCCAGAUGGGUGGGGUAUAAAUAUAUUAUUAUUAUUAUUGUUGUUGUUGUUGUUAUCAGUUACAUGGUAGUAACAGAAGUUUAAUAAUAAUCUGUCAUGAGGAACUUGAACUAUUUAUUCACCUCACCCUUUUUUUACCCUGCCAUCAAAUAAUGUCUUAAAUGUUGCAUACAUACUACAUUUCCAAAUAAUAAUAAUUUUAUUAUUUGUAUCUUGCCCAUCUGGCUGGGUUGCCCCAGAUGGGGCAAUUGUAACUUGUAUUAGUUUUAAAUUGGCAAUAUCGAUGUAACGUUAUGGUGUACUAAUAAAAUGAAGAAUCUUCUUUGUGCUUUCCUACCUAACCCAAUAAAAUGUUCAGCGCUUCCCGCAUCCAAAAUGUUUGGAAACCAAGGCUUCCGAUUGGCUGCGGGAAGCGCUGAACGUUCGGGUUCCAAAGAACGUUCGCGAACCGGAACACUCACUUCUGGAUUUGCGGCUUUCGGGAGCCAAAACGCUUGACUCGCAAGGCAUUCGGGAGCCAAUGUACAACUGUAUUUAGAAUAAAACUGCUUUUUAUGUUAAACUGCCUGCUUCUAAUACAGGCAUCCCCAAACUUGGCCCUCCCGAUGUUUUGGGACUACAGUUCCCAUCAUCCCUAACCACUGGUUCUGUUAGCGAGGGAUGAUGGGGAUUGUAGUCCCAAAACAUCGGGAGGGCCAAGUUUGGGGAUGCCUGUUCUAAUAGAAGUACACUUGUCGUGGUUAGUUAUGCACCUGUCCUAUGCCAAAUCUUGUUUUGUUACAUUCUGAAUUUCUCUGCAGUCUUGUAACACUGGUAGUAAAAGAAAUAAAGAAAUGAAUCUUCAGCUAAUGGUUUACAUGGGUGAAAUGGUAUUUAGUACCAUUUCCCUGCUGUAAGAAACUGUGCUACUUCCUUUUAAAUCACAUGAUGUGUCAGGGAAUUGUAGACUUCCUAGAAGCCUGCACUGAUACUGCUAGAAAGUUGUGACAUUUACUAAAACAGAAAAGAGCAUCAUAAGUUCGUUUUCCUGUGUGCAACAUCACACUCACCGGCGUUAAUCAUUUCUACUAAAUACCUGCAGUUUUAGUGCAUGCGGUUUUUAAAAGUGUGUGUGUUUCUUUGUGAGAUAACUAAUCUCCUUUAUCAUGUUUAAUGUGACUUUUCCUGUAUAGAAAUUAUUUGGAGAACCAGCCGCAAAGGCACUACGGGGUCACUGCUCCAAUUAGCUUGGCUCCUCCGAGGGAAAUAGAUUACAUCCACACACAGAAGCUGAUUGAAGCCAUGAAGCCUUUUGGUGUAUUUGAAGAUGAGGAAGAGCUUGGUCGCAGGUAAGAGUAAACAGGCACAAUAUAACAGCUAAAGCAGUAAACUUUUUACAUACAAUGACAAAUAUAUAAUAUGUUAUCCAGGGUAUAUGGGUUGUUAGGGGGAGGGGACGCGGGUGGCGCUGUGGGUUAAACCACAGAGCCUAGGACAUGCCGAUCAGAAGGUCGGCGGUUCAGAUCCCCGCGAUGGGGUGAGCUCCCGUUGCUCGGUCCCUGCUCCCGCCAACCUAGCAGUUCGAAAGCCCAAAGUGCAAGUAGAUAAAUAGGUACCACUCCGGCGGGAAGGUAAACGGUGUUUCCAUGCGCUGCUCUGGUUCACCAGAAGCGGCUUAGUCAUGCUGGCCACAUAACCCAGAAGCUGUACACCGGCUCCCUUGGCCAAUAAAGCGAGAUGAGUGCUGCAACCCCAGAGUCGGUCACGACUGGACCUAAUGGUCAGGGGUCCCUUUACCUUUACCUUUUUAGUACCUCUGGUGGGGGACACGUCAUGCUCCUUCUGGGGUAGUUUGUUCACCUUUGGUCCACACCCUGCACUCGGCUCUCGCCUGUGGCUUCUAGAAGCUGUCAACAUGCAACGGCAGCCACACACCAGGAACACCUUCGACUGGUCAGCCAAACCAGGUGAGGGUAGCCGAUGGGUCUCAAACCCUUGGAGUUAGGGACCUCCCUUUCAUGCAAAGACAGGCUCCAGCAGAUUGAGCAGCAAGACCAAUAGUGGGUCAAGAAACCCACUUUUCAGCAUGGACUGCAGAGGAAAGUGGGGGGGGCAGAUGGGGCUCGUCAACCUGGGAAGGUCACCCAUCGAGGAGAAGGAAAAUUGAUCCUAAAACUGUUGCAUUGCGGGACAUCUUCAGGAGAAGAAAGGGCUAAGGAGCAAACCCUACACAAAGUCAGAGUGGAGUCCCUAAGACUGUUGGACGGUGCCUUGUACGCCUCCUUCCAGCAACUCCUGCAGCCAGGCUGGUGCCAAACUUAUUGCUCUGCUGUCCUUUGGACCAGGGCCUUUUCAGUGAUGGCUCCGACCUGGUGGAAUGCUCUGUCCCAUGAGACUAGGGCCCUUCAGGAUUGAACCUCCUUCCAUCAGCCUAUAAGACAGAGCUAUUCUGCCUGGCCUUUAAUUUGAAUUCAGUCUGAUCUUUUAUUUCCCUUCUCUUCCUUCCCCCUCCCCUUUUAUGAAGAUUACCCGCUCUGGGACCCCACAGCUAAUUCUCCCCUGGCCUCCUCGCUGGCCCAAGUAGGACUAAUUCAGCCAGCUAGCCCUGGGGAUUAUCUAAUGCUUAUUAGAUGGAUUUCCCCCAAACUGAUUUCUGAAUUUUGAAUUAUAUUGUUGUUCAUGUUUUUAUACUGUAUUUUAUUCUGCUUUUACGAUUAAGUGUUUUAAAUUUAUUGUUAGCUGCCCUGAGCCAGGUUUUCUGAACCGGGAAGGGCGGGGUAUAAAUAAAAAUUUAUUAUUAUUAUUAUCAGCGAGGCCGAGAGGGUCUGCCUUGUUGUCUAGACAGCCCAGGACCUCCAGACACACUGCCCAGACUUUGCAGCAUGGGGAGGUCAUUUUGGUGCUGCUAGUGCAGUGGUUUGACCCUUGGAGGCGCACUCCAUUGUCUCUCGAGAGAUGCCUACUACAGUGGUACCUCGCAAGACGAAUGCCUCGCAAGACAAAAAACUCGCUAGACGAAAGGUUUUUUUGUUUUUUGAGCUGCUUCGCAAGAUGAUUUUUCCCUAUGGGCUUGCUUCACAAGACAGAAACGUCUUGCAAGUUUGUUUCCUUUUUCUUAACACCGUUAAUACAGUUGCGACUUGACUUCGAGGAGCAACUCAUAGAACGCGGUGUGGUAGCCUUUUUUGAGGUUUUUAAAGACUUUGGUGAUUUUUGAAGCUUUUCCAAAACUUUCCCGACACCGUGCUUCGCAAGACGAAAAAAAUUGCAAGACGACAAAACUCACAGAACGAAUUAAUUUCGUCUUGCGAGGCACCACUGUAUAUGAUAUCCACCCCCCCCCCAUGAGUGUGAGACAGUACAUUAACAGACAAAUGAUUCUUAUCAGUCCAUACAAAUUAUCCACAUAUCCAGAAUGUCUUGGGGACAGCACAAAAGUUGUAUUCCCCGUCGCAGACAGUUGUUCCCAGAGAAGCAUAUAGUUCAGGCUGUUCUGUUCAGGAUAACCAUAUCUGCAAAGAUGCUUCGGAAAGUUUGCCUUUAAGACUAGUUUCCUUCGUAUAGUGAACAAAGGACCACCAUAUUAAAUAAUAUUUGUUCAAAUUACUAAGCGUAUAGUAAUUACCGGAAGGCUAUCCGCGUUAAUCUGCUGCAGCAAAAACAGUGAAGAGUGACCAAAUUAUUGCGUUGUAGCUUUUGUUAAUCUCGGCCCACUUCAACAGAUGCCCAAACUGACAGGUGUCGUAGGUGGGAUGAGGAAAGGAGUGAAUUGAGGAGAUGAAUGCAGGAAGAAGGAGGCAGUGACUGCUACCUGAAAGCAAAAUAGUUACCGUGACACAUUAACAAGGCAGUAAUAGUGAUUUAUUUUUUUAAAACAUUAACACUGAAGCUACCACAAUUUCUACUACUACUUUUAAAUCUUCCCUUUUUAACAUUUUCCCCCAUUGCAGGAUAGUUGUUCUCAGUAAGCUAAAUAAUUUGGUGAAAGAGUGGAUUGUGGAGGUUGCGGAGAAGAAGGUAAGAAGUUUGUCAAAGACGUAAGUUUUAUAUUGGCCUACUCCUUCCUGCCUUUUGUAGCUAGGAUUCUGUAGUUCUUGCUGUAAGAUUCUGGCUCUGCAAAGGGCGAGCUAUUAACAGCUGCCAUGAUUCACACAUCCUCAAGUACACAGCAAGUCCAUUGCUGUGGGUGAGCCCUCUCCAACCUCUCCUCUUCUCCUCCCACACCUGCCCCACCAAGCCCUGGGUAGUACAGUGGUACCUCGGGUUAAGAACCUAAUUCAUUCUGGAGGUCCAUUCUUAACCUGAAACUGUUCUUAACCUGAGAUACCACUUUAGCUAAUGGGGCCUCCCGCUGCUGCCACGCGAUUUCUGUUCUCAUCCUGAAGCAAAGUUCUUAACCGGAGGUACUACAGUGGUACCUCGGGUUACAUACGCGUCAGGUUACAUAUGCUUCAGGUUACAGACUCCGCUAACCCAGAAAUAGUGCUUCAGGUUAAGAAGUUUGCUUCAGGAUGAGAACAUAAAUCGUGCUCCGGCGGCAGCAGGAGGCCCCAUUAGCUAAAGUGGUGCUUCAGGUUAAGAACAGUUUCAGUUUAAGAACAGACCUCCAGAAUGAAUUAAGUACUUAACCCAAGGUACCACUGUAUUUCUGGGUUAGCGGAGUCUGUAACCUGAAGCGUAUGUAACCUGAAGCGUCUGUAACCCGAGGUACCACUGUAGUCCGCUAAAUUCUUGCACUACUGCAUUGAGAUCCCCCCCCUUCCUCUCCUCCCCCUGUGCGCACCCAGCACCCUAGGUUUUUCCGUAGAAGGGGUUUCCUGUCUCUAUCUUUUUUGAGGGUGGGGGACAAAAGUCAGAGUGUAUACUUCAUUUCUGCUGAUGUGCUUGAAGCAGUUCAUGCCGUAAGAUAUUUUAAUAGACCUGCUUUAAACGGACCAAAGGACAGGGAGAAAGGAGGAAAUAGGCAAAUUGAAAGUACAGUGGUACCUCUAGCUACGAACUUAAUUCGUUCCAGAGGUCCAUUCUUAACCUGAAACUGGGUUUUUUUUUUUUUACAAUUUAAUUUAUUUAACAUAAUUAUUACAAAAUAUAAGCAAAAUAUUGCAAAUACAUACAUACAUAUAUAUUUCAGAUAAGCACACAUAUAUAAAAAAGAACAAAAGAAAAAAGGAAGAAAAGAAGAAAGGAAAAGAAAAAAUAAAGAGAAGAAGAAAAGUUGGAAGAAUUUCUUCCAAAUUUAUUCUACAAAUAUCUCAAUAAUAAAAGUUCAUUGAUUGACUUCUAUCGCUUACGCCGCACUUCCUAUAUACAUUUUAAGCAAGAUUGUAUCUGUUAUUCUGUAUUUUUCCCAUACAAUCUCACACAAAUAUUCUAAUCAAUAAGUUUUCUAAAUCUAUUCUAAACACAACCAGUACCUUACAUUUAAUCUUCGUCUACAUAAACUGUUCUUAACCUGAGGCAUGCUUUCGCUAAUGGGGCCUCUUGCUGCUGCUGCGCCGUCAGCACACGAUUUCUGUUCUCAUCCUGGGGCAAAGUUCUCAACUCGAGGUAACUCUUCCAGGUUAGCGGAGUUUGUAACCUGAAGCGUUUGUAACUCGAGGUACCACUGUACCAUGGCCAUUGUGUAGGAGAAUUUUGGAAGAGGAGGCUCCAGAGGUCAGUUGGUCCUAGCCAGGCUGAUGUACAGAAGAGGGUGAAGCGGGUCUGUUGCUGCUUGCUCAGGCACAGGAAGGUUUUGUGGUCACCGAUGGUCCUUGGAUGGGGAGAGAACACUAAUACUGUCUCUUUCACUCUCCGUCCCCUUGUCCCCUGAUUUGCCCACUGGCUCCAGCAAUGAAGUUAUUGCCCUCACAGCACAAAAGCUUGGGUGCUGUGCACUGUCCAUGCAGGUGUGAGAAUUCUGUUGUACCUUUCUGUGUGCAAUAAGCAAGCACACUUGAUGCGGCAGCAGUCUUCUCAGGGGGAACCUAGCAGGGGCGUAGGAGGGGGGCGGUCCACCCCGGAUGCCAUCAUGGAGGGUGGUGACAAAUUAUCAAGGAACAAUUCGUGGGUGGCGCUGUGGGUUAGACUACAGAGCCUAGGACAUGCCGAUCAGAAGGUCGGCGGUUCGAAUCCCCGCGACGGGGUGAGCUCCCGUUGCUCGGUCCCUGCUCCUGCCAACAUAGCAGUUCAAAAGCAUGUCAAAGUGCAAGUAGAUAAAUAGGUACCGCUCCGGCAGGAAGGUAAACGGUGUUUCCGUGUGCUGCUCUGGUUCGCCAGAAGCGGCUUAGUCAUGCUGGCCACAUGACCCAGAAGCUGUACGCCGGCUCCCUUGGCCAAUAAAGCGAGAUGAGCACCGCAACCCCAGAGUCGGUCACGACUGGACCUAAUGGUCAGGGGUCCCUUUACCUAGGGCGGUUCAUAAAAAAUUUUUUUUUGAAAAUGUUGCUCCAAAGGUCUCAUCUUACUACGAUUAUAUAGGUAUAUCUGAAAUUCCAUGCAUAUCAGUUAAUAUCUUGACCCUCCUCCAUGAAAAUAACUCUUUACUUGCCUGUUUUCAUAUGUCGUGAAGGCUGAAAUUUCAAUUCAGCGGAGCCAAAACACAAUCCAUCCUGUAGAUUUAAGUAUCUGUCCACAGUCGCCACAGAGGCCCAUAAUCCACAUUCCUUUGUAAGAAAAUAUGAAAUAACGUAAAACUAUUUUGGGGGGGGGGAAUAAUAUUGGGGGGGGGGGGGGGGUUGACAAGAAAUUUUCCACACCAGGUACCACCUAACCUUCCUAUUCCUCUGGAACCCAGUAGCUUAGAUUUUCAAGGUGUAAAUGUUUCCAACUUUCCUGCAGAACCUCCCAUCUUCAGUCUCAUCACGGUGUGGUGGCAAGAUUUUUACGUUUGGUUCCUAUCGGCUUGGAGUCCACACAAAAGGUAUGAUUCUCGUAAGACGCCUCAACCUGGGAAGUAGUUUGCCUUAAGCUACUGAAAGCUGCUAAUUUGAGGGCUUUUUCUUCUUGCAGGUGCUGAUAUAGAUGCUCUCUGUGUUGCCCCUAGACAUGUGGAAAGGUCAGACUUCUUCCAGUUGUUCUUUGAGAAGCUAAAGCUCAAAGAUGGCAUCAGGAACUUAAGAGUAAGUAAGUCUCUUGUCUUGCUUGGACGAGCCAGUGUGUGUAAUAUUUACUCGUGUGCAUGCUAACUCUAUUGAAAAGCAUUGUAGACUUUUUAGACUUUACCGAUUGGUGGGGUCUGCGUUGCUCCCAGAUGGGAGGAAGGAAGUCAAAUGACACCGAGGUUUGGUUCAGAGAAAGAGUUUAUUCUGCUCUCUGGAUAGCAGAAGGCACUUGCCUGGUCAGUUCACAGCAAGUCCGCAGAAAGAGAAAUUUCACACAGUAUAUAUAUCCUCCAGGCACCCUCUCCCCCCUUCCCCAGGAAUCCAGCCUCGUACGUUCAUACACAUAAGUUGACAUCCAUGAACAUACACAUAUGUUCCUGUACAUAAGUUGACAUCCAUGACCAUAAACAGAUGUUCCUGUUCCUGUAUUGUUAUCUUGGGGUUAAGAGGGUCACCCAGCUAUAGGAGUUUCCCUUGACGCCAUCUCUAUCUCCGGCCGUGGGGACUGACCGACCCUGUCUUGCAGAGUCUGUGCGUCAGUGUGUCAGGAUAUUUACAUCCUACAGGAUAAGAUAAGCGCCAGCUCUGCCGUCCCGUCUCCACUUCGGAACUGACAAGGCCAUUCAUUAAGUGUCACAUACUGAUAAAGGAGAGGGCUUUGUUUAUACAGCUGGGUUCUUGUGAUACAUUGGCUCAAGUGCUCAAGUUAAUGGAUUUUAGCUAAUGGAGAAGGGCCCAUUUUUAGACCGACUGCGCAGUCAGGUUUUAGAUUUGGGAAACCCAUUCCUUCAGCGUUGUGCUUGACAUGAUUAUUGGGUGGUAUGAGGCCGCCUUGUAGAGAAUUGGAACAUUGGUCCAUCUCUGUGUCAUACUGUUAAUGCAUCUCAUUCCAAAUGCAGUCACUUGGAUUACGUAAAAACUGUCUUAAUCUCUCCUUCCUACAGGCAGUAGAAGAUGCAUAUGUACCAGUCAUCAAGUUUGAAUUUGAUGGUAUUGAGGUAAAUAAUAAUCAUUACUUCCUCUUUCCUUCAUAGAAAUUAGUAUUUAUGGUGGUUUUGGGGGCGAAACUAGAUGAUCCAUGAACCUAUGUGAUUGCAUUUCAUGAGUGCUUUAGUUGGUUAAAUGGAUUGCAACUGAUGGGAGGAUCGAUGGCAAGUUAAAUAAUUUAACGUAGAUGGGACUCACAUUGGUCCAACAAGGACUAAGCAUGCUCAGUGGAAGCAUGAGGCUGACUUUAGAAGUUUGGGAGCAAGGAACCCAGAGAAUGGGGGGAUGGAAUGUAAAGACUCGGAGAUGGAACAAAGCACAUUAAUCAUUAGUAAGGUAAAGGGACCCCUGACCAUUAGGUCCAGUCGUGGCCGACUCUGGGGUUGCGGCGUUCAUCUUGCUUUAUUGGCCAAGGGAGCCGGCGUACAGCUUCCGGGUCAUGCGGCCAGCAUGAAUAAGCCGCUUCUGGCGAACCAGAGCAGCACAGGGAAACGGCGUUUACCUUCCCGCCAGAGCAGUACCUAUUUAUCUACUUGCACGUUGACGUGCUUUUGAACUGCUAGGUUGGCAGGAGCAGGGACCGAACAACAGCAGCUCAGCCCAUUGCGGGGAUUCGAACCGCCGACUUUCUGAUUGGCAAGCCCUAGGCUCUGUGGUUUAACCCACAGCACCAAAUUAUACCUAAUACAAAAGACUGAUCUUUAAAAACGUAAUGGAGAGAUAAAAUAUGGGAGUGUGCAGCUAUGGUUAAAUUAAUUGAUUUCAUUUUAAAGAUAUCUAGAAUAAGGGCAGAGACAGUGGUAAAAGAGGCAAAAAUAUAUUGAUUGCAGUAAAAAAAUAAUAAUGAGGCUUUCCCCCAAAUAGAAACCUCGGAUUUACAGUGCAUUGAUGGCUCAGUAGAUGGGCUAAAUGUUACUGAUGAUGUAACAGUCACUAAAACCCUCGCUUUGGCAUCAGUAUAGAAAACUGGAAACCAAUUUAUAAAUUUAUCUCCAAAAUUAUGGAAUUUCAUUAACUGAAAUAGAGAAGGCCACUUCACAUUGUCGAAGGCCUUCUCCACAUCAAGAAACAAAAGUAUUAAUCCAUGUUUAUUACUUACCACAUAAUUCAUAAUAGCUAUAAUUUUACAAAUACUGUCUCAUUUUCCUUGCCCAUAUAAGUCUUGUCUGAUCUGGACUGUUAGUUUUGCUUAUAAUGCUGUUCAGACUUUAUGCCAAUAUUCCAAUGAAAAUUUUAUAAUCUGUGGAUUAUAUAAGGAUAUUGGGCAAUAUGCAGUCACUGAUGAUCACCACUAUAUUGGCUUCUUUCCAGGUCCCCAGAAUAUAUUUUUCUACCAUUUCAUUCAUUGUAUUUUUCAAUGGAUUCAAAAGUACCAGAGAACUUUUUUUAUAAAACAUCCAUGUCAGCCCCUCUGGGACCAGAGCCUUGUUUUCUUUCAACCUUUCCAAUAUUUCUUAAUCUAUUUAAUUAUUGCCCAUUUUCCAUUAGAUGGACUCGUUAAUUUUGUUUUGGGUAAGAAUUGUCCUAUUUUAUCUCUGUAUGGCAUUUUUGCUUUGUACAGGUUUGAAUAGUAGCAAAUUCUCCCACUGUUUCCUUAUCAGAUAUAGUCCAACUUGAAAGGGCAAGUCUUGUAGUCUGGUAGAGCUGCUACCAAGCAAACAAAUUCUGGAAAAGACUAUAAAUUGAAAGUGGAGACAAUAGAAGCACCUUUCCCUGCUUAUCUGCUUGCUUUAUAACACGAAAAACCUUAAUAAAAACUAUUUUUUUAAGUGCCUUUCACCAGCCUUACCACAGAAAUCUGUGUGCUGGUAACCUCACAGUCGUCUUCUUCUUUGGCGAUCCCUCCUAGCCGAGUAAGAUUGUCUUCCAUAGACACGGUUUUAACAAUGAGUCUGUAAGUGACUGUGGAGGCCAACUCUGGAUCCACACAUCCUUCCACAGUGGAGACAUUGGUUUCCAGGCAGGAGUUGAUCACGGUGUGGAUUUGCCUUCCUCCUAGCACAUUUCUCCCUUGCGUCCUGAGUUCAAGGGUCUUCAAAGCCCAUGACACCUUUGGUAAAGGCUGUUCUCCAAUUGGAGGGCUUGCAGGCCAGUGUUUCCCAGUUGUCAGUGUUUAUAUUACAUUUUUUUAGAUUUGCCUUGAAACAGUCUUUAAACCUCUUUUGUUGACCACCAGCAUUACGCUGGCUAUGGGGCUCCAUGUGGAACAAUUCAUUUGUUAAUCCGUCAGUUUAUUAGGACUACAUAACACUCACCCUGGGGUUUCCAAUUCAACACUCUGGUGCCAAAUCUUAAGAUGCUUAAUAUGCAGUUUACCUAUAAAGCCCUAAACAACCUGUAGCCUAAACACUUCAAGGAGUGCCUCACCAGGAAUGUCCCUUUUGAUUGUUCUGCAGUUAAAUUUGAUCCCUUGUGGCAACCUGCUUUAUUGUGUCCGCCUUGCCAACAGAGGGCAGCCUAAAAAUAUUACUGAAUGAAUAAAAUAAAAAAAUACUCGGAGCAGUGUCUGUAGAAUAUGCUUGAAGGCAUUUCUCUAGCAGUUCUUGAUGUUUGGUGGCAAGCUGUUAAAGAGGUCACUUGCUGAGAGGCUACUUUCAUUUCUUGCCUCCAUAGAUCGAUCUCGUCUUUGCGAGGCUGGCUGUGCCAAUCUUGUCUGAUAACCUGGAUCUUCGGGACAACUCGCAUCUGGGAAGCCUUGAUAUAAGGUGUAUUCGGAGCUUAAAUGGUAAUGUGUACCUUUCCAGUUUUUCUUAACAGUGGCUGCUAAACACAGCUACUCAAGUAACUGGGUAUUAAAUGGCUGUGAUCUGCCCUACUUGAAAAGGGAUUUUUGACUAUGAGUAGCAGAUUCAUGUGGCACCCUAUAUUUUUUGUUCUGCCUUUUCCUCCAAGAAGUUCAGGGAAGGAUGCGCAGGCUGUCUCGCUACCCAGUAGGUAUGGAAUAGACAGACUUUCUCAGUGACACAGUGAAGCUUAAUAGCUGUGAUGCUUUGAACCUGCAAAUGGUUGCAAUUCCAAAAGCAGCCUGCCAUGCAACAGUGUAUGUUUGUAAUGCCCUCGGCAGGCAGAUGUAGCUGUGUGGUUCUUUGAAUCCUGUCCGUAGCAUGAGCCUGAGAAGUCUAGUAUUUCCACUUAGCUUUAUCAGUUCAAGCCAUGUUGUGUGGGAGGACUGGACAGGUAAAAUUAGAAGCCUACUCUGCACCGUGUAUGUUCAGUCUUACUGCCUCUCAGUAGCCUGGUGCCUUUGCCCGAUUUAACGCAAAGGCUUAACGUUUGCCGGCAGGUUGCAGAGUCACUGAUGAAAUACUUCAUUUAGUACCAGACAAGGAGAACUUCAGGCUGACGCUCAGAGCAAUUAAACUGUGGGCAAAACGUAAGUACUUAAUACAUCAAAUUUUGUGGUAUCAGCCCCUAAGCUUAAUAGUCCUUGAAAUGGCUCUUUAGGCUAAGCCAAGUGAGCCUGUCGCCUCUGCACGUUGCCUUCAAAAUCUGCAUAAUGGCGAUUACGUCUCAAAUCCUGAGGACGAGCUUGAAUGCUGGUCUAAUGGUGGAAGAGCAACACCUGAAAAUGUGCUAGAUGCUCCUGAUGAAUACUUAAAACCAGUUUGGAAUCUAGUGGCCAGGGAAGGAAUCUUGCUUCCUUCCUUCCCCCCUCAUUCGAAGUCAUAUCAGAGCCUCAAGAAUUGCAGGUGUUCAGGGGCUGACACCUAAAGGUGGAGCCUCCUAACUAAGCACCAAGGCAGGGGCCAGGUGUUUCUACUCCAACACAGCUUCUAGGUAACCUUUCUAGCUCCUAAAUCUGGCCUAGGAAUGUAGGAAUGGAAUCUUGGUUCCAUGAAACUUUAUCUUCAGGUCUCCUGCUAACUUGGGAGAUUUCCAAGUUAUAAAAGGAUCAGGCGGAUUUGCGGAGGAUGCACCUGUGUCACGGGUGAGAAACUCACCUUCCACCUGUUGUUGAAGUCCCCAUCAUCCCCAGACCACGUGGCCAGUGGUCAAAAAUCAUGGGAGUUGUAGUUCAAGGACAUCUGGAGGAUCACUGGUUUCCCUACCCCUGGUCUGUAAGAAUGGUUUAUUGGCAAUGGUAUAGAGUCAUAGGAUUGUAGAGUUGGAAGGGACCCUGAGGGUCAUCUAGUCCAACCCCCUGCAAUGCCGGAAUCUCAACUAAAUUAUCCAUGACAGAUGACCAUCCAGUCUCUGCUCAAAAACCUCCAUGGAGGGAGAGCCCACCACCUUCCAAAAGUUCCUCCUUAGUUGGAAUCUCCUUUCUUGUAACUUGAACCCAUUGUUUUGGGUCCUAGCCUCCAGAGCAGGUGAAAACAAGUUUGGUCCAUGGGACAGUCCUUUCGAUGAAACCGCUGUGGACUGAGGCAGUGAAGUCCUAGGAAUAUCAGAUACUGUGACACACCAGGGAGAGGCCAGUUGCAACCUUCAUAAGCACUCGGAGGCACCUGCUGGGCCGCUUUAAGACAUGGGAUGGUGAACUUGAUGGCCCUUGGUCUGAUCCAUUUAGGUCUGCCUUAUAUGCCCAUUUAGCAAAUGGUGCAUACAGGGCCAGAUUUAGGUUUGAUGAGGCCCUAAGCUACUGAAGGUAAUGGGGCCCUUUAUAUGUCCAGCUGUCCUUUGUCAACAACAAUUGUCACUGUUUUUUUGUGUUGAAUAUAUGCUAUAUGAUAAUUUAUGGACCUAAUAGGUAUCUAAAGCCAUUUGCACAUGCAGAAUGUAGGCACCCUAUAUAUAGAAAUGAGCAAACCGGUGAUAUUUUAGGGAGCGGGCUAGCAGACGGGACCCAUGACUUUCACCAUAGGAGCCGACACAACACAAAACACUGUUCCUGUAUGUAGGUUUUAUUUUAUUUGUUUUAUUAUCUUAUAUUUUGGAAAUGUACAUCCAGGUUUUUUCCCCUUUAAAUGUUUUGGGGGCCCCAAGGAGAGUUUAGCUUAUACGUAAAUCCGGCACUGGGUGCAUAGAGGGGUAGGGUAGGGCUGCAAGAGUAUAAGCUGUUGUGCUAUCCUUCACUUUGGGGAAGUGACAGCAAUUGCUGGAGGGAGCGAGGCUGACCACCACCUCGCAUCAAUAUCAAGCAAGUAAUUUGUAAGUGAAGCUAUAUGUACCAUUGUAGGCCUUUAAAAAAAGAAAAGAAGGUUCACAAUUGGAAGAGAGCCCCAACCAAUAUGUGGGUUUGACAGCCCACAAUGUUCAUUUGUUGUAAGUGCAUUCUUAGACCGAGCUGAAGCUUGGAUCCUCUUGAGGUCACCAGCUGCCUAUCACCAGGUGACAAAUGCACUCUUUUCAGCUGUCUCAAUGAUGAUGAUGAUGAUGCUGGGUUUCCCCAGCAGCUCUGUGUGGCUUCCAAGAAAAGAUUAAAAAUACAUUAAAACAUCAGUCAUUAAAAACCUCCCUAGACAGGGCUGCCUUCAGAUGUCUUCUAAAAGUAAGGUAGUUGUUUAUUAACCUUGACAUCUGAUGGGAGGGUGUUCCACAGGGCGGGCGCCACUACCAAGAAGGCCCUCUGCCUGUAACCUCACUUCUCACAAUGAGGGAACCGCCAGAAAGCCCUCGGUGCUGGAUCUCAGUGUCCGGGCAGAACGAUGGGGGUGGAGACGCUCCUUCAGGCAUACAGGGCUGAGGCUGUUUAGGGCUUUCAAGGUCAGCACCGACACUUUGAAUUGUGCUCAGAAGCGUACUGGGAGUCAAUGUAGGUCUUAAAAGCCCAAACAACAUGAAAAUUGGGUAGAGUGCAACAUUAUUAUCAUUACCGUAUAGUCAGUAUAACAUGGCUUCGGUACAGAUGUACCAUAAAAUCCCCUAUUGUAAAAUGCAUGUUGUUUUCAGCGAGUUCUUUGCAUGCAUUUAACUCCUUUAAGUUGCACACACCUCUUCUUCAUACAAGUUGCUGGGGAAUCCUGAACCAUGCCAAAGUUGCUGCUGCUGCUGCUCCCAAGCUGGCCUGUCAAAUGCUAGUCAUUUGCUCCCCUUUUAGGUUUGUGCAGAUCAGCAGUGUGGAGUCAGCUUGCAGGUGACUUGUAUGCAGCUGUUGUCAUGUACAUUGCUGGGCAGGUUGCUGAGACCUCUUGAGUAUAGGGCAGUACAUAAAUUCAGUAAAUAAUGAUGAUAAUAAUAAGUAGAAGGGAUUAACGUAAAGGUAAAGGUACCCCUGACCGUUAGGUCCAGUCACAGACGACUCUGGGGUUGCAGCGCUCAUCUCAAUCUACAGGCCGAGGAGCCAGCAUUUGUCCACAGACAAUUUUUCCGGGUCAUGUGGCCAGCAUGACUAAGCCACUUCUGGCAAACCAGAGCAGCGCACGGAAACGCCGUUUACCUUCCCGCCGAAGCGGUACCUAUUUAUCUACUUGCACUUUGACGUGCUUUCGGACUUCUAGGUGGGCAAGAGCUGGGACUGAGCAACGGGAGCUCACCCCAUCACGGGGAUUCAAACCGCUGACCUUUCGAUCGGCAAGCCCAAGCGCCACAGUGGUUUAACCCACAGCACCACCCAUGUCCCAUAACGUAGAUGUAGCACGCUUAUAUUUUGAUGGAAGGGCAAUUGGCACCACAAGGGGGAGCUGUUUCGAAAGCAAAGCAUUCAUUUGAAUCCAAAUCAGAACUAAAAUUACGAAUUGCUGUGAUUUCUUUUUCUAAAGCUCCUAGCCCCCUUUUUUUUUGGAGGGGGGGUCUUUGUUUCGAUCUCGGCAGGAGAAGUGAAUAGCUAACCCGCCCCCUUCCUGAGUGCUGUCUUCACAGUGAGAAUUGGGCUUUCCCUUCCCCGUAAUUGGUUAAGGAAAAACAAGAUUAUAUAGUUGCUCUGCUGCAUAUUUAAGCUCUAGUUUUGGCCCUCUGCUAACCUGAAACUAUCUGAAACGCUCGGGAAAUCUGAAGUGACAAAUGUCUGCCUUUUAGGGCGUGGGAUUUAUUCAAAUAUGCUGGGAUUUCUUGGUGGUGUUUCUUGGGCCAUGUUGGUGGCGAGGACGUGUCAGCUGUAUCCGAAUGCCUUGGCCUCCACGCUGGUUCAUAAAUUCUUCCUGGUUUUCUCCAGGUGGUAAGUAUCUGGCCAGCCGUCACAAUUCACAGAUCGUACAUGUACUAGAUUAUAACGUAGGAAGAACACAGAUCCGAUCUCGGGCCAGCAAGAUGUUGCCGCUCAGUUACGACUGGCAAGUAAAGUACCAUAUUUUUCGCUCUAUAGGACGCACCAGACCACAAGACGCACCUAGUUUUUGGAGGAGGAAAACAAGAAAAAAAAUAUUCUGAAUCUCAGAAGCCAGAACAGCAAGAGGGAUCGCUGCGCAGUGAAAGCAGCAAUCCCUCUUGCUGUUCUGGCUUCUGAGAUAGCUGCGCAGCCUGCAUUCGCUCCUUAAGACGCACACACAUUUCCCCUUACUUUUUAGGAGGGAAAAAGUGAGUCUUAUAGAGCAAAAAAUAUGGUAACCAUGAAAAUGUGCAUUUCGGAAUGGGAUGUCCUUGGAAUCCAUCCCAGAGACUUUUAAGUAACUUGCCUUCAGUAGCUGCGCCUUUCUGCUGCCAUCAAAAUGUUUUCCUGGCCAGGAACGCCCCCUGAGUGUGCUUUCAGAUUCCGAGUUGUUGAUAUUGUGCAUUGUCUUGUAUGUCUUCAGGCACGCAAACAGCAUAAAUAAAGUGUACUCCUGAGAGUACUAUGUGAAUGCCUCCCUAAAAUUAACUCCCAGUUGGCCUUCCCCUUACCCUAGAACAGUGAUGGCCAAACUUGGCCUUCCAGCUGUUUUGGAACUACAACUCCCAUCACCCCUAGCUAUCAGGACCAGUGGUCAGGGAUGAUUGGAAUUGUAGUCCCAAAACAGUUGGAGGGCCACGUUUGGCCAUCACUGCCCCAGUAGGACAAGGGUGGGUUUUUAUUGCCACAAAAUUUAUCUGUUGCUUCCUAUAUAAAGUGUCUUGAAGUAAAACAAUGGUCACUUACAAUAGGAUAAAUUUUAAAAACCCUCACUUGAUAAGAGCAAGAAAUAGUUUUAAACGUCAUCGGCCCCGUAUUGUGGAAUACUCUGCCAAUAAAGAUUUAGCAGGCACAUUUUGCUUUUAACUUUUAAACACCUGCUAGAAAGUUUCCUUUUGCAGGCGAUUAAAACUACAUAUUUCCACAAUGGUUAAUUGAUGUCUGUUUUCAACUUUUAAAUGAUUUUACUGUAUGGUUUUCUGGUUUUUGUUAAUAUUUAAUAUUACCCCUUCAUUAAUAUUUUUUAAAUGAAAUGGUGGUCUGUACAUAUUUUUUAUAAAUAAGACUAUUCCUAUGCCGCCGUACUAAAAGACUUUAACACUACAGCAGGCUGCCUGAGAAAACAAGAAUAUGUUCACCUGGUUGCCUAAAUGUCGACAGAUAAAAGAGAGUGCUUCUUCUUGCAACAUAUACUGUAUUUUUCGCCCUAUAGGGCGCACCGGCCCAUAGGGCGCACCUAGUGUUUUUUUGGGGGGGGGAUAAAGAAAAAAAAUUUUAUUUCCCCCCCCCCCCCCAGCCCCCAGAACAGGCUGCUAUCCGCAAGCCUUGGGAGCCCGGUGGGAACUCCCGCCAGGCUCCCAAGCAUUGCGGAUAGCUUCCUGAAGCCUGGAGAGCGAGAGGGGUCGGUGCGCACUGACCCCUCUCUCUCUCCAGGCUUCAGCGAAAGCCUGCAUUCGCCCCAUAGGACACACACACAUUUCCCCUUCAUUUUUGGAGGGGAAAAAGUAUGUCCUAUAGGGCGAAAAAUACGGUAGUUAAAACUAUGGAAUUUGCUCCCAGGGGAGGUCUUGAUAGCCACCAACAUGGCUUGCUUUAAAAGUGGAUUUGAGAAAUUCACAGAGGACAAGGCUAUCACUGGGUACCACUUGCCGUGAUAGCUAUUUUCCAUCUCCACUGACUGAGGAAUCCUGCUUCUGAAAACCAGUUGCUGGGAAUUGCAGGUGGGACAGAGUACUAUUGCAGUCCUGUUCCGCUUGCAGGAUUCCCACAAGCAUCUGGUUGGCUACUGUGAGACGAGGGUGCUAGACUGGAUGAGCCAUUGGCCUGAUUCAGCAGGCUUGUCUUACGAUAAUGAUAGCACCAGGCACACCCACCCUUCAGAGAGCAUUUCCCAGCCAGGGAGCCACCACUGAAAAGGCCCUUUGUGUUGCUGCCCUUUGUACCUCCCUUGGAAGGAACAUGCAACAGCGGCCUGAGCAAUUGGGAGCAGGUCUUAUGGCUGUACAGUCAUACCUCAUGUUACGUUUGCUUCAGGUUGCGUGUUUUCACUUUGCGUCCCACGGCGAUCCGGAAGUACCGGAAAGGGUUACUUCCGGGUUUGGCCACUUGUGCAUGCGCAGACGUGGAAAACGAUGUCACGCACAUGCGCAGAAGCGGCAAAUUGCGACCCGCGCUUUCACAGACGCAGGUUGCAUUCUUUUCAGGUUGUGAACAAGCCUCCGGAACGGAUCCCAUUCGCAACCAGAGGUACCACUGUACUCAACACGAACCAUUUCGUCUUCCCUGCCCUCCACCCCACCCACCCAUCCCCAGCCAACAGGGAAAUGUGAAUGCUUGAAUUAAAGGGUGCUCACAGUUCUUUAGACUUCAUUUGAACAGUAUAACUCUUGGCCUAAUUGGUGUAGAAUAAUACCACUCUUACAAAUGUAUUUGCACUUUAUACUUAAGAUUUUCUGCAUGUAAUAAACAGACAAGCAAAUUGUGCCCUGCCCAUCUGACUGGGUUGCCUCAGCCACUCCUGGGCAGCUUCCAACGAAUACAAAAGCGCAUGUCUUCACCGAUAUGGAUUACUGACAUGCAGAUUUCUAGACGGCAGUAUGCACUUGGUUUCGCUCACCUGCUCUCUUUUCAGGGAAUGGCCCAAUCCAGUCUUGUUGAAAGAGCCCGAAGAGAGCAACCUCAACUUGCCGGCCUGGGACCCCAGGGUUCGUAGAGCACCUUGCCUUGAAAACCAUCCUGUAUCCCCCGGCGUCAGUUGUAGCAGCCUUGUGAGAGUGUUGCUGCUCUUUUAGUCAGGAGGGAGGGGAGAAGAACUGACCCAUACUGAGCCCUCUUGAUUCUCCAGGACACCAGCAGCAGCUUUGACAAGCCUGCCACCUGACAAAGGUGUCCUUACUGAGAGGCACUGCCUUCUAUGGGACAACAUAAAUCUCUCCUUUGGUAAUCCUCACAGAACUCUAGCCCAAUGGUUGCCAUUAAUUUGAUUUUGAAUUGAUUUUAGAAUGAAUUGAUUUUAGAAUGCUGUAUUUACUGUUGUUAGCUGCUCUGAGCCCGGCUUCGGCUGGGGAGGGUGGGAUAUAAAUAAAUUAUUAUUAUUAUUAUUAUUAUUAUUAUUAUUAUUAUUACCUGCUUCACCCAGAGGCACAGUUGCUGGGGUCGGGGGAGAGACAUUUCCUUGCCUCUACGAAACAGGGAGCAGAGUGGAGUGGAGUGCAGAGUUCAGGAAUAAUAUGCCCCGCUUGGUUAUAAAUUCUGAGACUAUACACCUGCAUACCUUAUAUAGGGUAUCCAGCUAAACAGUUCCACUAGUACAGUGUUUUUAAGCAGCACAACAGAACUUCCCCACACACCUCCAAAAUUGUUCCAGAGGGUUGGGGGAACCUUGAUUCGGGGGGCACAUGGGGAGAAGAGAAGAUGAGGCAGUUCCAUUGUGUUGCUUAAACCGUUUUUAACAUUGUGUAAUACUGUAUUUUCAUAUUAAUGUGUCUUCAUUGUUGUGACCUGCCCUGGGACCUUAGGAUGAAGUGCACAUAAUAAAUGUUCGUAGUAGUAAUAAGAAUAAUAAACCAAUAGACAUGAAACGUUGAGUUGGAGGCCAUCUGUAUUGUGUUAUCAACUAACUAAUUAAGUCAUUGAAUCUGUACACCGACCUUCAUCCGAAGAUCACAGGGCGGUUCACAACGUAAAAAUACAAAGUGAGAAUCCAAAAUACACAAUAAAAACUGCAACUUGUUUUAGCAAAUUCUAUAGUUUAACUCUGAUGGCAUAACAGGGAAUCAGAUACACACACCAGAGAUUAGGCUUUCAGUGACGACUAGUCAUUAUGGCUGUGAAAAAACGCUGGUAUGCUUCUGAAUGCCUGUUGCUGGAGAUCAUGGCUGGGGAGAGCGCUGUUGCCCUUGUGUCCUGCUUAGAGGCUUCGCAUGGGCCUCUGUUCAGCCAUUGUAAGAACAAGAUGCUGGACUAGAUGGGGCCUUGGUCUGACCCAGCAGGGCUCUUACAUUCUUAUAAUCCUUCACCUGCCACAGGUAAAUCCAUCAGACAGGUAUCACCUGAUGCCCAUCAUCACCCCAGCGUAUCCACAACAGAACUCCACGUAUAAUGUGUCGACUUCAACCAGAGCGGUAAUGGUAGAAGAAUUCAAAUACGGUAAGCCACCUUGAUAUAUAUUCCCAAAUGGUGGGGUAUAAACACUUUUGAGCUAGCAGUGUGUGGUUCUCCCAGAGACCAUAGAUGCAGGCUGACGAGGGUCAUACUCCCUCGGGAGGUGGUGGACUCUCCUUCCUUUGAGGUUUUAAAGCAGAGGUUGGGUGGCCAUCUGCCAUGGAUGCUUUUGCUGAGGUUCUUGCAUUGCAGGGGGUUGGACUAGAUGACCCUCGGGACCCUCCCAGUGCUAUGAUUCUAUGAUAGUGGAAACAGAAGGAGAAGUUGGAAGUGGGAAGGGCACUGUCUGGAAGAGGAUACUGAUGGCCAAAAGAGAUGUAUCUGGUUCUUGAUUGCAUAAGACUUGAUAUAAUAAUAAUAAUUUAUUAUUUAUACCCCGCCCAUCUGGCUGAGUUUCCCCAGCCACUCUGGGUGGCUCCCAACUGAGUGUUAAAAACAAUACAGCAUUAAAUAUUAAAAACUUCCCUAAACAGGGCCGCCUUCAGAUGUCUUUUAAAGAUGAGAUAGCUGCUUAUUUCCUUGACAUCUGAUGGGAGGGCAUUCCACAGGGCGGGUGCCACUACUGAGAAGGCCCUCUGUCUGGUUCCCUGUAACCUCACUUCUCGCAAUGAGGGAACCACCAGAAGGCCCUCUGCGCUGGAUCUCAGUGUCCGGGCUGAACAAUGGGGGUGGAGAUGCUCCUUCAGGUAUACAGGACCGAGGCCAUUUAGGACUUUAAAGUUCAGCACCAACACUUUGAAUUGUGCUCGGAAACGUACUGGAGCCAAUGCAGAUCUCUUAGGACUGGUGUUAUGUGGUCUCGGUGGCCACUCCCAGUCACCAGUCUAGCUGCUGCAUUCUGGAUUAGUUGCACUUUCCGGUUAACCUUCAAAGGUUAGAUAGAGCGCAUUGCGGUAGUCCAAGCGAGAGAUAACUAGAGCAUGCACCACUCUGGCGAGACAGUCUGCGGGCAGGUAGGGUCUCAGCCUGCGUACCAGGUGGAGCUGGUAAACAGCUGGCCUGGACACAGAAUUGACCUGCACCUCCAUGGACAGCUGUGAGUCCAAAAUGACUCCCAGGCUGCGCACCUGGUCCUUCAGGGGCACAGUUACCCCAUUCAGAACCAGGGAGACCCCACCCACCCCCCAAAACAGUACUUCUGUCUUGUCAGAAUUCAACCUCAAUCUGUUAGCCGCCAUCCAUCCUCCAACUGCCUCCAGACACACAGGACCUUCACCGCCUUCACUGGUUCUGAUUUGAAAGAGAGGUAGAGCUGGGUGUCAUCUGGGUGUCUCUAUGGUUUGCAAUUUUCCCCCUUAGUCUCAGUGCUGUGAGUUGAGCCAAGUAGCCUUUGAGUUCCCUUUCCUGACUUGUGCUCCCCCAGUUCCAGUUCUGUGAAGGCACUCCAAGGCUACCCAACUCAGAAGAUCUGCAAAAGUUUAUAACAAAAGCACUCACAUUGCGGUUUUGUGUCUCUACAGGUCUUGUGGUUACAGACGAGAUUCUUCAAGGGAAAUCAGACUGGUCAAAGCUGCUUGAGCCAUCCAACUUCUUUCAAAAGUACAAGUAUGUGAGAGUACCCGGGCUUUCAAAGCCCCUAUUGAAGCAGUUGUAGCUGGCAGUGCUUACACAAGUUUAAAAACAACGUAAGAUCAGAAUAACAAUAACUUCCCAGCAGAGCAGCUAAAAAUUCUUCUGUGAAAAAAAGAACAAGCUUGUUACCGGGCAGCCCUCCCUAGGGAAAGGUGUUGCAGAGGCAAGGAACCACAACAAAGAUUCCUUGUUUCUGGUAGUCACCCACCUGCCUCUGAUGGUGGAGGGCCUUAGAGCAUGGGUAGGCAAACUAAGGGCCGGAUCCGGCCCAAUUGCCUUCUAAAUCUGGUUCGCGGAUGGUCCGGGAAUCAGCGUGUUUUUACAUGAGUAGAAUGUGUCCUUUUAUUUAAAAUGCAUCUCUGUGUUAUUCAUGGGGCCUGCCUGGUGUUUUUACAUGAAUAGAAUGUGUCUUUUUAUUUAAAAUGCAUCUCUGGGUUAUUCGUGGGGCCUGCCUGGUGUUUUUACAUGAAUAGAAUGUGUCUUUUUAUUUAAAAUGCAUCUCUGGGUUAUUCGUGGGGCCUGCCUGGUGUUUUUACAUGAAUAGAAUGUGUCUUUUUAUUUAAAAUGCAUCUCUGGGUUAUUUGUGGGGCAUAGGAAUUCGUUCAUUUUGGGGGGGGGGGAAUUUGUCCAGCCCCCCACAAGGUCUGAGGGACAGUGGACCGCCCCCCUGCUGAAAAACUUUGCUGACCCCUGCCUUAGAGGAAGGCCUUAAUAUGUACUCUAGCAGGUUCAUGUUGGAGGAUGUGAUCUUUUAGGUACCCAGGUCCUAAGCCACUUAAAGUUAAAGGGAUGCCUGACCAUUAGGUCCAGUCGUGACCGACUCUGGGGUUGCGGCGCUCAUCUCGCUUUAUUGGCCGAUGGAGCCGGCGUUUGUCCACAGACAGCUUCCGGGUCAUGUGGCCAGCAUGACUAGACCGCUUCUGGCGAACCAGAGCAGCACACGGAAAUGCCAUUUACCUUCCCGCAGGAGUGGUACCUAUUUAUCUACUUGCACUUUGACGUGCUUUCGAACUGCUAGGCUGGCAGGAACAGGGACCGAGCAACGGGAGCUCACCCCAACCGCCGACAUUCUGAUCAGCAAGUCCUAGGCUCUGUGGUUUAACCCACAGCGCCACCCGCGUCCUGGUUCCCCAAGCUGCUUAGGGCCCUUCAAAGAUAUAAACUGGCACUUAAAAUUGUGCUCAAACGGACUGGGAGCCGAUGAAGUCAUUCUAGAACUGAGAUAUGUAUGCCCAGCCCUAAUUACCAAUCUUACUUUGCUGAAAUAAAAGAAACUCCUUAAUCCCACAGCCAUUCUUCUUACGGAGCUUCCCCUUGGUAGAAGCUUUAAACUCUUCUUAAGCAUUAAAUCGAUCCAAGCAACUAGGCCAGAAAUGGGAAGAGAUGUUGACCUGUAAACCAUUGGAAAUAUGUGGGGAUAGGCUUCUCCUUACAGAAGAAAUGGGAGAAAGGCUGACGAGGGCGUGAAAGUUGUCUAGCACUUUGAAAGGCCUUUUAUUAAAAUGGUUGAAAAAAGAUCACAUUAGCAUUGCUUUACGUUUCCAGGCAUUACAUUGUGUUGACUGCCAGUUCCUCAACUGAAGAACACCAUUUGGAAUGGUAAGCCUCUGUAAACUCUGGAUGUUAGAUUUUCAAUGUGAUGAUAAUAUGAUUUGGGGAGGGGGAGAGCUUCUUACGCUGGAAUGGCAGGACAUUUGAUGACCAUGCCGAUAACUUGCAUUCAAGUGCUCAGCUCAGAGUAAAAUGCACAGAGGUCUCAGACCUGCAGCCUUUAUGGUGCUUUCAAACAAAGCAAAAACCUCACUGCUGUUUGGUUUAUUAUUGGGGUUGCUUUGAACAUGCUUUGAUUUUUUAUUUCUAAGUUGCCUUGAGUAUGAGAGUUGGGGCACGCCAGCUUAAAUAAAUAAAACAAUGCAGGCACAGCCACACACGCUUCACACUGAACCCAGAAGCAGUCCGAAAACAUUACAAAAGGGGACAGGGUGGGGUGCUUGUAGGCUUUUUCAGAUACAUGUGAUGCCACUUAAAUAUGUGGUGCCUUGGAACGUAACCCCUGCGUAAAUUGGAAUUGCCUGUAAACCAAAAAUGUACGCCUCCUUGUCCUGUCUUAAAACUUUGGUUUGUUGCAGUACACCCAUUGGGCCACGUGGUGUCACCCUUCAGUUGGUGGUUAGAAGUAAAUCAGGCAGCCUUCAGUAAAAUGGUUAACUGAAACUUCAUUUUGCAUUUUUCUCCGUGUUUGCGUUUUUAGGGUCGGCCUGGUAGAAUCGAAAAUCCGCGUGCUUGUUGGAAACAUGGAACGGAAUGAAUGUAUUGCAAUCGCCCAAGUGAAUCCGCAGUCCUUCCCAGGGAGUAAGGAAAAAUUCAAAGAGUGAGUUGAUGCUUCGUUGACUACUUGAGCCCGUGAAAAUGUGGCGGCAUUGGGGUGUAAACUUCUUGUUGUGAUGGCAAGAACAGAUUCCCUUGAGGAGUCCUUGGAAGGGAAUUUUUCAGGGAAAGAUUAGCCGAUACGAAGGUGGGUGCCAGCAAAUCCCCGAUUACCGGCUAUUCCUUCCCUGCAGCCUGGCUUUUCCUGAGCCAGAAAGGAGGCGAGGGACAGUUAACUACUGCCUGGGAAAUGCAUUUUGCAGAACUGCUUGGUAGGUGGAGAACAAAUUGAGUAUCUGCCAGCUGAUUCUCCUGAAUUAGGGUAACAAGAGAACCAUAGCGGUUCAGAGCCUUGCAGUGUGGACCAGCCCUUUCCUGUGUGACACCUGGAGCUCUCUACCCUGCCUCAAUAUUACUGAAGCAUCAUGCCGGUUUUCCUUGGCAAUCCCUGCAUUGCUGGAACUUUGCUGACAUCUCACCAGUCCUUUCAGUUCAUAUGCUGUCCUGGAACUUUCCCUUCAGGAGCGACUUUGUGUCCGUAUGGUUUCUGGGGAUAAUUUUUAAGAAAGCGGAGAAUGCAGAGAGUGUCUGCGUUGACUUAACCUACGAUAUCCAGUCGUUCACGGACACAGGUAAACCCCUUCUCUUCUUAGUGAAAGUCCUGCCUCUGAACGGGAUAAGGUUGCUUGCCUGUUUCCCAAAGGGUUGCCUCACUUCAGUAUAAAUUAGUGCCUAUAUUAACUGAAGAAUCAAGUUCUGCUGGGAGUCUCCCACUGUCCCUGUGUGUGUGUGUGUGUGUGUGUGUGUGUGUUUUCAACUCGACAAGCCUUCUGAUGAGGUUAUGUACUUAGUCUUGUGAAAUAUGAGAAAGAAGCAUUGCUUGCUAACCAUCCAGCAACUCUGUGCGCAACAUAACAGUAUAAUCCACUGUGCUCAGAAAAACUUCGUUUCUUCAUCUCCUUUUGAAAGAAAAGGCCCUAGAGCAGAGGUAGCCAACAUGGUGCCCUCCAGACGUUGUGGUAUCUGAAGAAGUGUGCAUGCACACGAAAGCUCAUACCAAUAACAAACUUAGUUGGUCUCUAAGGUGCUACUGGAAGGAAUUUUUUUUUAUUUUGUUUCGACUACGGCAGACCAACACGGCUACCUACCUGUAACUAUUACAACACCAGUUGUCCCAGAUCAAAGGGAAUACUGGCUGGGGCUGAUGGGAAUUGGAAGCCAGAGGGCUCCAUCUUGGCUAAUCUAGUGCUGGAAACUCGCUCAUUCCUUAAUGCCACCUAACUAUUGUGCCUCUGCAACCUGCUGGUUUUAUUCCUUGAUUGCGGGUAUUCCCCCUUAGCCCAUUAAAUAACAUCUAAUCAGUUCUCUUUACACUGGACAUGACAGAUCUGCUCUUGGAAGCACUGGAAUACUCGAGGGUGGCAGGAGGGUCAGUGUGUUCUCAAAAUAUACCGUGCUAAGCUUAAAGCUUUCACUCCCGGCUUCCAGUGCUGCUACUUCUGGAACUUGCUGGGAUUCUGUGUGAUGCCUUCACAUUCUAAGUAGCUACCCAAGCUGUGCUUCAAUGGAGAACUGAACAGUUCUUCCCCACCCUCUGCAGUUUCCCGGGCCACACUGGGCUCUCUUAUUUUGACUUCUGAUAUACCCUAGUGACCAGUCACAGUCCCCACCCUACCAAUAAAGAGCCGUCUGUGCUGCUUCUCUCCCUUAGCCCUCAGCUCCUGCUGUCAGGUUUAAAAGGCAGUGGUGCCCCCUAAGAGUUAUUAGAACAGCUUGGUAGCCAAACUACCAGGGCAUGCCUUCAUCUGUGCACCUGUUCUGUAAGCCCCACAGGGUACUUCGCUGUGGGGCAGAGCUUGCAUGGGCUGUGAAUGGAGGAGGCUGUCGCUGCAGCAGAAUAAGCGGCAGCUCACUUUGCUGUGCAGGCUUCCUUGAUCUGCUUGACUUUCUUUCUUCUGCCUUAAGUUUAUCGGCAGGCGAAUAAUAUCAGCCUGUUGAAAGAAGGCAUGAAGAUCGAAGCUGCUCACGUGAGGAAGAAACAGCUCCACAAUUACUUGCCUGCAGACGUCUUGCAGAAGAGAAAAAAGGUGAGCCCAAAUUCUGGGCUUUCCGUUUUAUUUUUAAAAAACAAAUCCUUUAGUUGUAGGUCUGCGAACUUAAGCCGGUUUUUCUCAACAGAGUAUGCCAGACAUAAGCCAAAACAUUGGUGGACCUGUGUUGAGAAGCACAUCUGCGGACGACGGCUGCUUGGGCAGGUACAGGGACGUAGGCGUUGGGACACAAUCCAGGGCUCUUCCCUCUUUCAGCAGCGUGGCAAAACCCAGCAGCAGUUCUUCAAAAGAAGCUGAAAGGUGGGCAUUGUCUUAAUACAUUCUGUGUUGCUGCGUCAAUGUUCCGUUGCUCCAGAAGCGGCUUAGUCCUGCUGGCCGCGUGACCCGGAAAGCUGUCUGUGGACAAACGCCGGCUCACUCAAUCUGAAGUGAGAUGAGCGCUGCAACUGUUGGGAUAUUCCGUUCCGCCUUAAGGAACAGGCAUGAUUUUGUUGUGUGUCACAUGCCUGUUUACACUCCAGCACAGCUUGCUGGGAACUUCCGUUUGUGUACAGUGGUGCCUCGCAAGACAAAAUUAAUUCGUUCCGCUAGUUUUUUCGUCUUGCGGGUUUUUUCGUCUUGCGAAGCACGGUGUCGGAAAAGUUUUGGAAAAGCUUCAAAAAUCAAAAACCUCAAAAAAGGCUAUGAGUUGCUCCUCGAAGUCAAGUUGCAACUGUAUUAACGGUUUUAAGAAAAAGGAAACAAACUUGCAAGACGUUUCCGUCUUGCAAAGCAAGCCCAUAGGGAAAAUCGUCUUGCAAAGCAACUCAAAAAACCAAAAACUCUUUCGUUAUGCAAGUUUUCCGUCUUGCGAGGCAUUCGUCUUGCGAGGUACCACUGUAUAUCUUUUGCUUUAGCUGUCUUGCUUUGGACACGAAGGAGAUCAGACAUGUUUCCUUUUGUCCUGAUGUACGCUGAAUAAACUGCUUGUAAAUAUACUCGCACAGCCUCUCCUGCCACUUCUGUUUGUGCAGCGUUUACUCUGCUGAGUAGUGUGCCCUAGCUUUUGAAGCUCAGGUCACAGAUUCAUGCUGUACCAAGGACUAGAGUUUGCCCGGCACACCGGCCGGUGGGCUGGAGCCAGCUGGGGGCCUGCCAAUUGCCCCCAUUUCCUUGGUUGCAUGCCAACAGCAACCCCAUAGUCGCCUUUAACUGGACUUAACCAUCCAGGGGUCUUUUACCUUUUUUAAAAAAUGUCAAUGUUUGUACCAUUUUCAAAGCCUCGCUGCUGUCUUAAGACCCAGGAAUGCUCAGCCACUUCCAUCUGGCAAAGAGGACUUGAGUGCAUGAGAGCUUGUGCUAUAUUUGCUAAUCUUUAAGGACGAGGGUGGCGCUGUGGUCUAAACCACAGAGCCUAUGGUUUGCCGAUCACAAGGUCGGCAGUUCGAAUCCCCGCAACGGGUUGAGCUCCCGUUGCUCGGUCCCUGCUCCUGCCAACCUAGCGGUUUGAAAGCAUGUCAAAGUGCAAGUAGAUAAAUAGGUACUGCUCUGGCGGGAAGGUAAAUGGUGUUUUCGUGUGCUGUUCUGGUUUGCCAGAAGCGGAUUAGUCAUUCUGGCCACAUGACCCGGAAGCUGUACGCCGGCUCCCUCGGCCAAUAAAGCGAGAUGAGCGCCGCACCCCAGAGUCAUCCGCGACUGGACCUAACUGUCAGGGGUCCCUUUACGUUUAAGGUGCCACAAGACUAUGGGGAGGCCAUUGUUGCAAGAGACUCCUGCAGAUGCUCCUGCAUUUGAUAAUGCCCAGCGCUGGGUCCAUCAAUUCUGAGUUCAUUUCCCCAAGGCCAAAUUCUUCCUAUUGUUACACACAAUCUUCUGCCAAGCAGUAGCAAGAUUCCAGGCACUCACCCAGGGUCUUGUUUCCAUUAUGAAUUCAGGUUGGUUCAUGGCGGACACACAGAUAAGCUCUGGGGAUUCUGUAGCUCUGUGUGUUUGAGCCAUGUUGGAUUAUUCUACCGCUGUAAAGACUCGGGUCUUUGCUGCCUUUUAAAUCUGCCUCCACUGUCAGAGGCAAGAUGCCUUUGAAUACCAGUUGCCUGCAAUCUCAGGUGUGGAGAGCGCUAUUGCAUUCAGUUCCUGGUUGCAGGCUUCCCAGAGGCAUCGCUUUGACUAUUGUGAGAGCAGAGUGCCGCUUUAGAUGGUCCUAUGGCCUGAUCCAGCAGCAGCUUCUUACGUUCUUAAAUCUGCUUAAUGUUAACUGACUGAACUGACUUACAGCAAAAUCUUUUGUCUCUGUUUAUUUGAACAGAAGUGGUUUUUAUGGUGACGUUGUGCCAGACCUAUAGAGCCUAACACAUGUCAAGACAUGUUCCUUACCCAGGGAAUUAUCCUUACCCUUAUUCCUGCUUUACACAGGAAUGCUGUCUCUCAAAAUACCACCAUCUAUACUAACAGAGAGAAGCCACUGAACGUCCUUCAGCCUUUGAUGUCUUCUCAAGGUUUGUCCAUUCCGGUAGUUGGUCCACGUACUGUGUCUAAAAUCUGAAAAAUCAUCUAUUCUUUUUGGCACCCAUCUGUCUCAAGAGACAAUGGAGUUUGCCUCCAGCGGUGAACUCAAACCUCUGGAGAAUCACAGCACCUGCUGUGGCUGCAGAGCCCAGUAACUCGUAACUGCAGCCUCCCACAUUGUUUUCGCUACUAUCCUUCAUCCAUUAAGAUCCAAGGGUGGUUUGCAAAAUAAAGUUUAAACAAUACAUUCAUUUUUUUAAAAAGAAUUAAAACGUUCAGUUGUUUAAAAAACAAUAUAUUCGAACCAUAACUGCACUGUGGCAGAAGAAGGCAUUGGCGAGAGUUCUCUGUUGGAAGUCUGUAAGUUAGAAACUUUAAAAGAUUCUUCUUUUUUGCAGAGCCGGAUUCCACAGUUGCAGAUAACAUGGCUGCACCUUCUCCAGGCACCUACAGUAUCUCCAAGGCUGUCGAGCCAGAUGUGGCUCCCACAACUGCCCAUAACCAUCAGCAGCAUCUGGAUGGAGUGGCUUCUGCAAGCGUGAAAAACAUUUCCGUGAACAAAAGAGGUCACGCACCUGCCUUGCAAGACGGGUUCAAACGGCUGAAAGAUGUAGGAACGGCAAGUACCUGGUCAGAGUGGCCUGAUGUUACAUGACAGAUGUUGAAACAAUGCCUAGGGUUGCAGCCUCAUACUGAUGGAAGCAUGCAUAGGGGUAGGGAGGGAAGGAUCCUGACUUCUGAAUACUCAACUCCGUUCAGACUUCGCAGAGGCCGUUAACAGGUUUUUACAGCAUAAGUAACACAACUUACCCGAAGGGCUCCAGAAGCAGAUUUUAACACGACUUGUGUUUGCUGCCUUGAAGGAGCCUCCAACCUUUUCCACUUUUGUGUAGUAGCUAUAGAGCCGAAAGGACUGGAUCAAAUGUCAGCUGAGCAGCACUGGAUGGAUAUAGGGAGAAACACUUUCUGUUUUAUCUUGGGAGAAAAGCAAUGACAAACCUAGACAGCAUCUUAAAAGGCAGAGACAUCAACUUGCCAACAAAGGUCCGUAGAGCUAUGGUUUUCCCAAUAGUGAUGUAUGGAAGUGAGAGCUGGACCAUAUAGAAGGCUGAUCGCCGAAGAAUUGAUGCUUUUGAAUUAUGGUGCUGGAGGAGACUCUUGAGAGUCCCAUGAACUGCAAGAAGAUCAAACCUCUCCAUUCUGAAGGAAAUCAGCCCUGAGUGUUCAUUGGAAAGACAGAUCCUGAAGCUGAGGCUCCAAUACUUUGGCCACCUCAGGAGAAGAGAAGACUCCUUGGAAAAGACCCUGAUGUUGGGAAGGAUUGAGAGCACAAGGAGAAGGGGACGACAGAGGACGAGAUGGUUGGUCAGUGUUCUUGAAGCUACGAACAUGAGUUUGACCAAACUGCGGGAGGCAGUGGAAGACAGGAGUGCCUGGCGUGCUCUGGUCCAGGGGGUCACGAAGAGUCGGACACGACUAAACGACUCAACAACAACUCCUCCCUACCAAGCUCUGUGAAGGCGAAACUGUGCCCCGUUCACCCUGAUGGGAGUAGCCUCCACUGGCAAACAAGAUGUGUCUGCAGAUCCUUCAUGGUUGCUAUGAGGCUGCAGUCUUAAAGCCCAUUUAAUCCAAAGUCCACUCUUAUUCCUUUGGAGUGGGCAUGCGUUGUUUUGUGCUUCAAGAUUUUGAAGUUGCAUGCGGGGGGAUAGUAAUUGCACAACAUUACAGACUUAUCUGCUUCUGGCUGUAAUUCACUGUUCGUUGUCUUUAAAUACUGACUAGGUUCUUCUUCUGGUCCCUUUAGCGCAGCCUGGGAGACACCACGCUGGUUCCAACUUCUGGCACAUUAAGAUCACAGGUACUGUAUGGAGCCCCCUUAGUUUUAAAAGAAGAACCAGAAAUGGAGCUAUAGUUCCUGUGACCUAAAGGCCUUAAGUAUUUACUUGACAUCCACGUAUUUUCUUUACCCCUAAAAAUUAGUGCCAAACAUUUGCUUUUGGUGAUGUGCAUGUUCAAAUCCCAAAUUUCAGCCUCUCGGGAGUUUUGCUUCCUAGACUAGGGGUUAAAUUCAUGGGGUUAAAUUAGUGUUAAAAGACCCUGAUAAUAAAAUAUAAAAACCGUAACACUCAGCUAUGUUACUUAAGUAGAAGAAUAAAAGCUGAGCAUUGGAAGGUGAAAGACACAGCAGCGCAGGAUUAGUGCCAGGGUCCACGGAUGUGUCUUUUUGUACCUGAACUCCUGGAAUCUCAGCUUCACACAUCUGAUUUCCGUUUUCCUUUCACAGCGGCUUUCCAGUAAAGAGUUACCAGAUUCAUCCUCCCCGAUUCCAGCAAGCGGAGUUCGUGUUGUUAAAAACUCCAUCAGGCUGACGCUCAACCGAUAGCAGGCGCCUCUUCGGGCAAUGUUAAGUGCAAUGUGUUUUUAAUGGCUGCGGCAAUAUUAUUUCGUUUCACAUGUCAUUCUAAAAGCAUAUUACUUGGG